AGUUUGACUUACAAAGGAGAAAGUUGCUAAAGCUAUAAAAACUUUAAAAAAUAAAAAAUAAACGCCUUCCACUUCCCGACGGGCCGGGGGCGGGGGGCGUGGCUUGAGGUGAGCAAGCCGCGCUCCUAUUGGCUGGGAGGCUCCUUCCCCGGGACGAGCGCGAGGAGGGCCAGGACAAGGAUGCGAUUGUUGUCUCGCGGCACCUCUGAGUGGACGUGGACACGCCCGUGGACACCUCGGAGGAGGGAAAAGGACACUUAUCAUCGCGCGUGGCGUGGCGGGAAAUGAGCGGGAAGUGAGACGACAGCACACCUGUUGGGACUUAGCAUGGCCGAACACGAGAGUCCGGACUUCGGCAAGGCAGACUUCGUGCUGCUGGACAAUGUGUCCAUGGACGAAUUCAUGGCCAACCUCAAACUCAGGUUCGAGAAGGGGCGGAUCUACAGCUACAUCGGCGAGGUGGUGGUGUCGGUCAACCCGUACCGCGCCAUGAACAUCUACGGCCGCGACAUCAUCGAGCAGUACAAAGGCCGCGAGCUGUACGAGAGGCCGCCGCACCUCUUCGCCAUCGCCGACGCCGCCUACAAAGCCAUGAAGAGGCGGAACAAAGACACCUGUAUUGUCAUCUCAGGGGAAAGCGGAGCAGGAAAGACGGAGGCCAGCAAAUACAUCAUGCAGUACAUCGCUGCCAUCACCAACCCCAAUCAGCGGGCUGAGGUUGAGAGGGUGAAAAACACGCUGCUCAAGUCCAACUGCGUCCUGGAGGCCUUCGGAAACGCCAAGACCAAUCGCAACGACAACUCCAGCCGCUUCGGCAAGUACAUGGACAUCAACUUUGACUUCAAGGGAGACCCCAUCGGAGGACACAUCAACAACUACCUGCUGGAGAAGUCCAGAGUCAUCUUCCAGCAGGAAGGCGAGAGGAGCUUCCACUCCUUCUACCAGCUGCUGAAAGGAGCCCCGGAAUCUCUGCUGCGUUCUCUACACGUCCAAAAGGACCCAAAGAGCUACAACUACAUCAAAGUGGGAGGCCAGAUAAAGUCGUGCAUCAACGACGGCGCCGAUUUCAAAGCCGUGGCCGAUGCCAUGAAGGUGAUCGGCUUCACGGGGGACGAGGUCCAGACGGCGUACAAGAUCCUGGCCACCAUCCUGCACCUGGGGAACCUGACCUUCGACUUGGACGGCGACGUGACUUUUAUCGAGAACACCAAGCUGACGUCGGUGAUCGGGGACCUGCUGAGCACCAAGCAGGACAACGUGGAGAAGGCCCUCCUGUUCCGCACCGUGGCCACAGGCCGCGACGUCAUCGAGAAGCAGCACACGGCGCAGGAGGCCGGCUACGGACGAGACGCGCUAGCUAAGGCCAUGUACGAGCGUCUCUUCUGCUGGAUCGUGGGACGCAUCAAUGACAUCAUCGAGGUGAAGAACUACGACGCCAGAGUCCACGGGAAGAACACGGUCAUCGGGGUGCUGGACAUCUACGGCUUUGAGAUCUUCCAGAACAACAGCUUCGAGCAGUUCUGCAUCAACUACUGCAACGAGAAGCUGCAGCAGCUCUUCAUCCAGCUGGUGCUGAAGCAGGAGCAGGAGGAGUAUCAGCGGGAAGGAAUCCCCUGGAAGCACAUUGACUACUUCAACAACCAGGUCAUCGUGGACCUGGUGGAGCAGCAGCACAAGGGCAUCUUCUCCGUGCUGGACGAGGCCUGCAUGAACGUGGGCAAGGUGACGGACGAGCUCUUCCUGCAGGGACUCAACGUCAAGCUGGCCAAGCACGCUCACUACACCAGCCGCAAGCUCUCACCCACCGACAAGAGUUUGGAGUUUGAUCGAGACUUUCGCAUCAGACACUACGCUGGAGAUGUGGCAUACUCAGUGGUGGGUUUCAUCGACAAGAACAAAGACACCUUGUUCCAGGACUUCAAGCGGCUGCUCUACAACAGUUCCAACGCGGUGCUGAAGGCCAUGUGGCCCGAAGGCAAGCUGGGCAUCUCGGAGGUCACCAAGCGGCCCCUCACCGCCGCCACGCUCUUCAAAAACUCCAUGAUCUCGCUGGUGGAGAACCUGGCCUGCAAGGAGCCCUACUACGUCCGCUGCAUUAAGCCAAACGACGUCAAGUCGCCGCUCAUCUUUGAGCGCCAGCGCUGUCGCCACCAGGUGGAGUACCUGGGCCUGCUGGAGAACGUGCGAGUGCGCCGCGCGGGUUUCGCCAACAGACAGACGUACCCGCGCUUCCUGCAGAGGUACAAGAUGAUUUCCGAGUUCACCUGGCCAAACCACGACCUGCCCUCAGACAAGGACGCCGUCAAGAAGCUCCUGCAAGGUUGCGGCUUCGACCACGACGUGGCCUACGGCAAUACCAAAGUCUUUGUCCGCACGCCGCGCACGCUCUUCAGCCUUGAGGAGCAGCGCACCGAAAUGCUUCGAAGAAUCGUCCUCUUUCUCCAGAAGGUGUGGAGGGGCACCAUCGCCAGGAUCCGGUACCGGCGCAUGCGGGCGGCCCUGGUCAUCCUGCGGGCCUACCGGCACUACAAGGUCAAGUCGUACAUCCGCGAGGUCAACCGCCGCUUCCGGAACGUGCGCUCCAUGAAGGACCACGGCAAGCGCGUCAAGUGGCCCACGCCCCCCAAGGUCCUGCGCAGGUUCGAGGAGGCGCUCAGGAGCAUCUACAACAGGUGGUGGGCGUGGACGCUGAUCAAAGGGCUGACUGCAGAGGAGGCCCUGCAGGUGAGGGCAAAGGUGGCCUGUCUAGAGGCCCUCAAGGGCCAGAGGGUGGACCUGGGCCUGCAGCGAGCCUGGGAAGGAAACUACCUGAAGCGAGACAGUCCCGGCAGCGUCUCCUCCUUCACGCUGGUCUCCAGUGAGCUGCAGCGCAAAGACAAGUUCAUGAGGGUCCUCUUCGCGUGCCACGUGCGCAAGAUCAAUCGCUUCCACAAGGCGGAGGACAGAGCCGUGCUCAUCACAGACCGCCACCUGUACAAGAUGGACCCCCUGAAGCAGUACAAACCCAUGAAGAGCAUCCCCCUCUACAACGUGACGGGCCUGAGCGUUUCACCGGGGAAGGACCAGCUGGUGGUGUUCCACACCAAGGACAGCCGAGACCUGGUGGUGUGCCUGCAGGGCCUGGUGCCCGCCCACGAGAGCCGCAUCGGCGAGCUGGUCGGCGCUUUGCUCAGCCACUUCAAGAGCGAGCGCAGGAAGCUGCAGGUGAACAUCGUCAGCCCCAUCCAGUGCAGCAUGAACGGCAGGAAGUGCUCCGUGGUGGUGGAGCCCAAGAUCAACCAAUCACAGCCUGACUUCACCAAGAACCGCUCAGGCUACGUGCUAGCUGUACCCUCCAACUGAUGCUAGCUGUACCCUCCAACUGAUGCUAGCUGUACCCUCCAACUGAUGCUAGUUGGACCCCCAACUGAUGCUAGCUGUACCCUCCAACUGAUGCUAGUUGGACCCCCAACUGAUGCUAGCUGUACCCCCCAACUGAUGCUAGCUAUACCCCCAACUACUGCUAGCUGUACCCCAACUGAUGCUAGCUGUACCCUCCAACGGAUGCUAGCUGUACCCUCCAACUGAUGCUAGCUGUACCCUCCAACUGAUGCUAGCUGUACCCUCCAACUGAUGCUAGUUGGACCCCCAACUGAUGCUAGCUGUACCCCCCAACUGAUGCUAGCUAUACCCCCAACUACUGCUAGCUGUACCCCAACUGAUGCUAGCUGUACCCUCCAACGGAUGCUAGCUGUACCCCCCAACUGAUGCUAGCUAUACCCCCAACUACUGCUAGCUGUACCCCAAUUGAUGCUAGCUGUACCCCAACUGAUGCUAGUUGUACCCCAACUGAUGCUAGCUGUACCCCCCAACUGAUGCUAGCUGUACCCCCAACUGAUGCUAGCUGUAGCCCCAACUGAUGCUAGCUGUACCCCAACUAAUGCUAGCUGUACCCCCCAGCUGAUGCUAGCUGUACCCUCCAACUAAUGCUAGCUGUAUCCCCAACUAAUGCUAGCUGUACCCCCAACUAAUGCUAGCUGUACCCUCCAACUGAUGCUAGCUGUACCCCUCAACUGAUGAUAGCUGUACCCCAACUGAUGCUAGCUGUACCCUAACUAAUGCUAGCUGUGCCCUCCAGCUGAUGCUAGUUGUACCACCCAGCUAAUGCUAUCUGUACCCCUCAACUGAUGCUAGCUGUACCCCAACUAAUGCUAGCUGUGCCUUCCAGCUGAUGCUAGUUGUACCCCCAACUAAUGCUAGAUGUAUCCUUCAAUUGAUGCUAGCUGUACCUCCAAGUAAUGCUAGCUGUACCCCAACUAAUGCUAGCUGCACCCUCUAACUGAUGCUAGCUGUACCCCAACUAAUGCUAGCUGUACCCUCCAGCUGAUGCUGGUUGUACCCCCCAGCUAAAGCUAGCUGUACCCCAACUAAUGCUAGCUGUACCCCCCAACUGAUGCUAGCUGUACCCCCCAGCUAAUGCUAGCUGUACCCCAACUUAUGCUAGUUGUACCCCCAAGCUAAUGCUAGCUGUACCCCAACUUAUGCUAGUUUGUACCCCCAAGCUAAUGCUAGCUGUACCCCAACUAAUGCUAGCUGUACCCUCCAACUGAUGCUAGCUGUACCCCCCAGCUAAUGCUAGCUGUACCCCAACUGAUGCUAGUUGUACCCCCAAGCUAAUGCUAGCUGUACCCCCCAACUGAUGCUGGGAUUGACUUUACUUCCACUUUAAUUUUAUCUACUCAAAAGACCAGCUUUAUGGGCGGGGUUACUCCGUUGUCCACUCACAGCACACGCCAAGUUAAGCCCCGCCUCUUUACAGCACAACUGGGAAUGACUUUCUUUGAUGUUUUUCUUCCUUCAUCCCAAAUGUAAAGGGUUCCUUUUGUGCAAAACUGACCCUUAUAUUUUUUUAUUUUCACCUUCUUUUUGAUGGAGACGGAAGAUUCAUUCUAAAUUGGAAGAUUUAUUCCAAGAUGCAGAUUUAUUCCAAAGCAAAGGAUUAAGUCUGGAAUGCAAGAUGAAUUCUAAAACGGCAGAAUUAUUCAAAAACAAGAAGAUUAAUCCUAAAAUGGAAGAUUAAUUCAAAAAGAGAUGAUUCUGAAACGCAAGAUUAUGGUUAAAAUAGAAUUAUUCUAAAAUGGAAGGAUUAAUUCAUUAAGAGGGAAAGAUAAUUCUAAAACAAAAGAUCAAUUCCAAAAUUGAAGAUUUAUUCUACGAGGGUUAAAAAUCCUGAAAGGGAAGAUUAUUUAUUUCUAAAAUUAUUCUAAAAUAUGACAUUCUUCCUAAAAGGCUAGAUUGAUUCUAAAUAGGAAGAGUAUUUCUAAAACAAGAUGAUUUCUUGGAUGGAAGAUGAAUUGGGUGUUUGGUGACGAAGUGAAGAGAAGUUUAUGACGUGUUGAUCAUGUCUACCAGGAAUCUUUAAGUUAAUUUAAGUGAGGAAACGUGCAAGCAAAUAUGACGUCACGUGUAGAAGAAGCUAACACGCUAACGCUGUCGCUGAGAAAAAGCCAAAAGACACACACACACACACACACACACACACAAUCACACACCAAGUUGAAUUUGUGAAGUUUCCAAAGCGAGCCAAAGGUCAGACUUGUUAAAUGUUUGCGGUCCACUAAGACGAGUCCUUGGUCUCGUUAUGUCGCACUCAGGGACACGCCAGCGUCUCGUUAUGUCCUCCUGGGGGAGGGGGAGGUGGGGGGUUGUCAAACUUCCAUCGUCCUCCUUUUUUACUUCCUCGCAUUUGCAAAGGAAUGUUCCAGAAGGGUUGUCUAAACUCUGUUUUUAUUGGCCCUUAGCAUACACUAAAAAUGUUAUUAAAAAAAUAUAUAUUUAUAUAUACAUAAAUUUUAUAUAUAU